GCACCCAGGGCACCUCCAGCACCCACAACACCUCCAGCACCCACGACACCUCCAGCACCCAGGGCACCUCCAGCACCCACAACACCUCCAGCACCCACAACACCUCCUGCACCCAGGGCAGCUCCAGCACCCACAACACCUCCAGCACCCACAACACCUCCAGCGCCGAGGGCACCUCCAGCACCCACAACACCUCCAGCACCCACAACACCUCCAGCGCCCAGGGCACCUCCAGCACCCACAACACCUCCAGCACCCACAACACCUCCAGCACCCAGGGCACCUCCAGCACCCACAACACCUCCAGCACCCACAACACCUCCAGCGCCCACAACACCUCCAGCACCCAGGGCACCUCCAGCACCCACAACACCUCCAGCACCCAGGGCACCUCCAGCACCCAGGGCACCUCCAGCACCCAGGACACCUCCAGCACCCACAACACCUCCAGCACCCACAACACCUCCAGCGCCCAGGGCACCUCCAGCACCCACAACACCUCCAGCACCCACAACACCUCCAGCACCCAGGGCACCUCCAGCACCCACAACACCUCCAGCACCCACAACACCUCCAGCGCCCACAACACCUCCAGCACCCAGGGCACCUCCAGCACCCACAACACCUCCAGCACCCAGGGCACCUCCAGCACCCAGGGCACCUCCAGCACCCAGGACACCUCCAGCACCCACAACACCUCCAGCACCCACAACACCUCCAGCGCCCAGGGCACCUCCAGCACCCACAACACCUCCAGCACCCACAACACCUCCAGCACCCAGGGCACCUCCAGCACCCACAACACCUCCAGCACCCACAACACCUCCAGCGCCCACAACACCUCCAGCACCCAGGGCACCUCCAGCACCCACAACACCUCCAGCACCCAGGGCACCUCCAGCACCCAGGGCACCUCCAGCACCCAGGACACCUCCAGCACCCACAACACCUCCAGCACCCAGGACACCUCCAGCGCCCAGGGCAUCUCCAGCACCCACAACACCUCCAGCACCCACAACACCUCCAGCACCCAGGCACCCAUAA